GGGAGAUUCAAUCGAAACAAAAUAAAAGUUUAGGACAAUCAAACCCGAUACCAGUACAAGUUCUGGGUUCGGGUCAAAAAGUCCGAGUGUCUCCAUCUUCUCGCUCCGUACUUAUUCGUUUUGCUCUUCCUUAGCAAGCAGUGACCGUUAUGCUCAGUUACCUUAUAAUUUAGGGUUUUUUUGGGUGGCUACUUUUUGGUGUAAUCAGGUGAAUUGAAGGCAUGGGUCGGUCAAGGACAGUCUCUCGUUCCACUGAAGAGGAUCUCAAUCAAAGGUCCAAAAGGAAAAGGACUGGGCCUGGUGUCGUCGAGAAUGUAGAGCUUCCAUCUACAAUUGUCGGGCAAGUACCAAGUGAAGCAAAGGGGCCAGCUUUAUAUCACUGUAAUUAUUGCAACAAGGAUCUUUCUGGAAUGGUUCGGAUUAAAUGUGCAGUUUGUCCAGAUUUUGACCUUUGUGUCGAGUGCUUCUCUGUUGGAGCUGAAGUUUCUCCUCACAAGAGCAAUCAUCCAUACAGGGUUAUGGACAAUUUAUCUUUCCCACUUAUUUGUCCAGAGUGGAAUGCAGAUGAGGAGAUAUUGCUUCUUGAGGGAAUUGAAAUGUAUGGAUUUGGGAAUUGGACUGAAGUUGCAGAACAUGUCGGAACCAAGAGCAAAUCACAAUGUAUUGAUCACUAUAAUGCUAUAUACAUGAACUCUCCUUGUUUUCCUCUCCCAGACUUGUCUCAUGUUAUGGGAAAGAGCAGAGAGGAGCUCCUUGCUAUGGCCAAAGGGAAUAGUCAAGUCAAGAAAGAAUUCACUGCACAUGGUGAGCUCACCCUGAAGGAUGAGUCCCCUACAGGUGCAACGGUCAAAUAUGAGGCACCAAGAAAGGAAGAUCCAGCUUAUCAAUCAUCAUCUAGCUUAACUGCAGAACCUCAAGCAGACAGGAGCAUUGGCGAGAAAAAACCUAGGGUUUCCACUGAUGAGGAACCUUCUAUGACCGAGUUGAGUGGCUAUAAUUUCAAGAGGCAGGAAUUUGAGAUUGAAUAUGAUAACGAUGCAGAGCUGUUAUUGGCAGAUAUGGAAUUUAAGGAUACUGACACCAAGGCUGAGCAUGAAUUGAAGUUGCGUGUACUACAUAUCUACUCAAAAAGGCUUGAUGAGAGGAAGCGUAGGAAGGACUUUAUACUGGAAAGAAAUUUACUUUACCCUGACCCUUUUAAGAGAAACCUCUCACCUGAGGAGAGGGAAAUAUAUCAGCGUUGCAAGGUGUUCAUGCGCUUCCAUUCAAAAGAAGAGCAUGAAGAGUUGCUUAAGAGUGUCAUCGAGGAACAUCGGACUGUCAAAAGAAUACAAGAACUUCAGGAAGCUCGAGCUGCUGGUUGCCGAACUGCUGCUGAAGCCAAUAAAUAUAUCGAACAAAAGAGGAAAAAGGAAGCUGAAGAAAAUGCCCAGAGACUGAGGGAAAGUGUACAGGCUGGUCCUAGUGGUAAAGUGUUAUUGCAUGGCAGCCCAAGGGGUAUCGUGAGGGGUUCCACUGGUUUACAACCUUUCAGUAAAGAAUCUUCAACCGUCAUAGGACAAGAUACAUUAAGCACCCUGGAUGAUUGGGAUAUCACUGGAUUUAUAGGGGCUGAUUUAUUGUCUGAUACUGAGAAACAGCUUUGCAACGAGAUUAGAAUACUGCCCACACAUUAUCUCUCCAUGUUGCAAACCUUAUCAAUGGAGAUUAUGAAGGGCAACAUUAGCAAGAAAUCUGAUGCUUACAACCUGUUCAAAGUUGAACCAAGCAAGGUGGAUAGAGUCUAUGACAUGUUGGUGAAAAAGGGGAUUGCUCAAGCAUGACCAAAUUCAGCAUCUCCAAUUUUGUAGAUCAACAUUGUAUAGUUCUGAUUCUUAGACAGGUGAAAAGACAAAUGAUUUUGUUCAUUCGUAGUACAAUUUAUCAUAAACAGCUACAUUUAAAUGAAAUCUAUCAAUUCAUAGGUUAGAAUCAAGGAGUUUUCUUUGAAAGUUUUCACCUAAUUUUUGGUUCUUAACAAAAUAGUUGAGUCAGACUUGAACCCACAUGAAAUUCUUUAAUUCAAAACUUUUUAUGACCAUACAUUUUCUUUUUCUGAACAAAGUUAUUGGAAAAAUGGGUUCUAAUUUAACCUUUUAACGUUUGUGAUAUUUAAGUUGUAUAAUUAAAAAUAAUUAUUUUCAUUUCAAUUCAAACAUUCAUUAAUGAUAUGACCAAACUAUAUUGGUUUAAGCAAAUCAAUCCACACGUGUUGAGAGCUGAUUGGUUGAUUUGCGGAAGCUCUCCGCUUGUGCAACUUUGCCACUUUGGAGUUUGAUUUUAGUAUGACUUUAGUGAGAUCGUGAAUGAAGCCAGAAUCAAAAAAAGAACACGUAUAUCGACAGACCUAGUUCUUGUGUUGUCAAUGAAGCAUGGAAACAAUGCCACGUAGCCAAUAAGACCUACUCAAGCCAAUAGUUUUAGGCCACGUGGGAUUUCCCGCGACCCAUUAACACUUUAACAACUAUUCUCAGACAACAUUCCUGAGUGUUUUUGUAUGUGGGCAUAGUGAAGCACGGUUUCGAUUAGCUUUGAGAGAUCGUAUCGAGAUUAUAUUCGAAUCUCCUGAAGCUUGCCUCUGGCA